CGUGUGCGGUGGCGGCGCUGUUGCUUGUUGCAACAGCCCCCACUGCUGCGACUGCUGCUACUGCUGCUGCGACUGCUGCUACUGCUGCUGCGACUGCUGCUACUGCUACUGCGACUACGACCAAGGUGAAGGUGCAGUUUGGCGAUGAGAUCUCCAGCCAUGUGCAGGCGGCCGUGGCGGCACUGCUGAAAAGCGUGGGCGAUGUGGAUGUCACGAUGCUCAGUGCAAGCACAAACGCCGGCGCAGCAAGCACGCUCGUGUGCGGGAACACGACGCACGCGCGUUCCGUCGUGCCAGAUCAUGAGGUGGCUGCGCUUGAACCAGAGGGCUACAUUGUGCGCGCGGUGCGGCAGGCCGACAACGCGACCCUCGUCGUUGCGCGGGGUCGCGCGCCCUCAAAGCUCCAGUUUGAUCCGCACUACAAGCACAUGCUUGGGCGUGGCUCUGUCUAUGCCUGCUACGACGCCCUGCAGCAGCUUGGGUUUGCGUUCCUGCACCCACUGCGCGUGGAGAAGCCCGUUAACGGGGCGUUGGACCUUGCUCGCGUCAAGAACACCACGAGCGAGCCGCGCUGGCGCCUGCGCGGCUUCCACAUCCACACGGAGCACCCGCUCGAGCUCACGGACAUGCUCACCGGCUUUGACAUCACCAUCAACGGUACGGUCGUCGAGAAGUGGGAAGACAUGGUUCCAGACUUUGAGCGCUACCUCCAAUGGAGCGUUGCACACCGCCUCAACAGGGUGGAGUGGCUGUCGCUGUUUGCCAAGGACUGGGCGUGGUACGGUUUCAGCGCGCAGCGGCAGGCCCGCUUCCGCAACCUGACAUCGCUGUGCCACGCGUACGCGACGCACGCGGGCGUGGACGCGGCAAUCGCGGAGGAGCAGCAGCACGCCAUGACGCUGGUCGACCCAGCAGCCCUGCUCAACACAACCGAGGGCGACGUGACCAUCCACCAGCGCAUGCGGUGGCUGGCAGCGUGCGGCUUUGACUACAUCAGCACGGAGAACGGCCUGAGCGAGUUCACCCACCCGAACGACAAGCUCAUGCUGCACUGGAUCAACGUGACCACAGAGGCCGCGAGCGGCGUGGACAUGGGCGCGUACAUCAAGUGCCACAUCUCCAGCGGGCAGUACUGCAAGCACUACGUGGACCCCGACACGGGGAAGCCACUCAACUUCAACUACCUGCCCAUCCUCGCCGACGAGCGCAUGGGGAUUAUGCCGCACACGGUGCAGUUCUACAGCCACGACGACCCGGCCAACACAUACGGCAACGCCAACUUCACGGGCAUGUUCGACUUUAUGUUCCGGCAGCUGGGCAAGGCGCGGGAGGUGGUGUACCACCCCGAGACGGCAUACUGGGUCAACUUUGAUGUGGAUGUGCCGCUGUUUCUUCCGCUGUACGCACUCGGUCGCGUCAGGGACCUGCGACGCAUCAAGAGCGAGGAGCACAACAGAACAACUGCAGCGGCUGCCGCUGAACGUGUUCACAAUGCCGGCGAUGGCAUUGGUGGUGGUGGUGCUGAUGCUGAUGGUGAUGGCGUUGGUGAUGCUCAUGAUGAUGGUGAUAGUGGAAAACGCGUGCGGUUGGACGGGCACAUGAACUUUGAUUCCGGGUGGGAAUGGUCAUAUUGGGUGCAGGACGUGGCAACUGCCGACAUGUUCUGGGACGUCUGUGGCGACGACGACGGGUGUGAUACGGACGUGUCUGCGCUGUCUGUUCUCUUUGGUCGAAUCGCCGCCGCCUUUGGCGCCACCGCCGGGCCGAUGGUCAGGGACUGGCUCCUCACAUACGCACAGCAGCAGCACCGCCUCCUCGUUCUCGGUCACUGGAACAAGUCUGCGCCGCUUCCAACGCAGGACACCGCAUAUGCAAAGCGCAACGGACAGGCAUACAUCCAAGGGUGGGACGCGAUGGCGGAUCUGUCGUCGUGGGCGGUGCCGAAUGACGCAACGCAGCCGAACAAACUGGACUUCAACGCCGCCCGUCUGGAUAUGCAGCCCAAUUACUGGACAGAGGUCCGACCGCUGCUCGCUGCGAUGAACGCCACGUUUGGCGAAGCGUUUGCCGCCGUCAAGAACAUCCAGCGGCACAUCCCCGCCGCCCGCGCACACAUCUUCCAGGACCUGGUGGACUCUGCGCACAUGACGUUUCUUCGGGCGCAGCAGGUGUAUGCGUUGUACGACUUUGCCGCCACAUGAGCAUCGACACGCACGGACAGACACAGGCGUGGAGGAAGG